AUGACAAAGAAGCGCAUUUCGAUUCAUCGGACAUUGGAGUCACAUCAAAAAAAAUUAAAGGAUCAGAGAAAUCGCGUUGGUCAGACUCCUCGAAGCAGAAUAGAAUCAAAUCAUCCAUUGGAGAACUUCGAUCUUGGUGUCCCAGGACGUGGUGAUGAAGUCGAAGCGGAAAGGAGUGGAAAGGAAUUGAGGAAUGAUGAUGUGGAAAUAAACGAAGAGAUUGAACAAUCAAACAUUACUGCAGAUACUAUUGAUCAAGAGAAGGAAAAACAUGCACAUCAACUACGCCAUGCAUUGGAUCUCAUUUCGGCCAUGACUGCAGAAGACUUCUUCGAUCCGAAGGAGACAAGUCCGCACGCGCCAGAGGAUUAUAAUCGAAUGGAUUGGCUAUACGAAGAGAUGGAUGCCAAUUACCAAGAGCGAGCGGGGGACACAGACCGAGCGGGCGAGGAGCUAAAUGAACAAGCCGACGAGGAGGAUGCUAAUUGGGACAGUCUGUGGUUUCCUUUCAAGAAUAAAAUGGAGUUAGUAGGCUCCCUCAUGAUCGGCUACACAAGACAUAUAAUGUCCAGGGUUGUGUACGAUGAGGUACGAGUCAUAUUUGGUACGCUGUGUCAAAUGAAAAUCCCAGCGUGGUCAACAAUCCGUCGUGCACAGGCACGCAUUCGGAAGCAUCUAGACAUGGAAAUACAAUUUGACUCCAGUGUUUGGGGGACGCCUUGUGCUUCUGUUGGGAUGAAGAAAAUUUUAAAAAAUGAGCUUGCAAAUCCCCAUGUAGCUCCACAUUUAGAAUUUUAUCCAGAAGACUCAAAUGGCGGUGAAACCUAUAAAUUUUCCCAGUCCAAAAAAUGGCUGGAGGAGCUGCCUAUGGAAAUGAGACCUCAGAUGUGUGCAAACAAUAAUCGUCAUUUCUACAUCUUUGAGCCUCUGGAAACAUUUGGCCAUCAAAUUCUGGUUCCAAUCUUCUAUUACUCAAUAAAUUCUGAACUUUAUUCCAAGUGCUGUAUCCCUCAAAUAAACUACCAAACUGCCACAUCCGUCCAAUUAUUCAUUCCAUCCAACAUUUCAUUCAUGGACGUCACCUUACAAAUCAACCGGGUUGAGGACUUCAAGAAUGACUAUUCCGAAAUCAAACUCAACUGCGGUCAAUUUUUAUCAACUCUUUGUGGGAACAAGUUCUAUCAAACCAAAGAAAAUGAGGAACAAUGUCAGGAGCUCAAAUUUCCCAACCCUUGGCGUCAAAAAGCAGGGGGAAAAAUCAUUCGCCACGUUCCAACAACAAUGUACUCUGAUGACACUUCUGGAAAUGUAUCCAAACAGUUUAACAAACACAUCUCAUUUUAUUUUACUUUAUCUGGCCUGCCUCCUAAUAUCACCAAUCAAGAGUACAACUGUCACUUCUUGUCCACAUCCAACCGUGCAGGGGUUUUGGAAAUUGCGAAUCAAAUAAUCAAGGAGUCCAAUCAAAUGAUUGUAGAUGGCUUUGAGGCAUACGAUGUGUCAAUUUCUCAGCCAGUCUAUGUUAUGAGUAUGAUGUUAUGUUUCCUAGCAGAUUCGCCUAUGCAUGCAGAGAUAACAAACACACCCAACCCCGGAACUUCACUGAACCCUUGUCGGAUGUGCACUUUACAUUCACCCAAGAUGAUUGAUAAACAUUCAGUCGAUUAUUUACUACAAUUCUUGCAGCUUCAGCCUAAUGGUUUUCCAUCACCCAACAAGCCCCGCGUUUGGACCAAAACAAUUGAAAACACCUAUGAACUCUACAAUACUUAUCGCACCAAAAACAUCACUGCUGUCAAGACUUUGAGGCCAACUUACGGGGUUACAGAUUCAAUCAACAAUCAAUUCAUGGAAGGCCAACGGAAGAAAGUUAAACCAGUGGUUGAAAAAGCUAAUGAACUUAUCAAAUCAGAUGUGACUGAAUUGUUUAAUCCUUUCCUCAAACUCCUUGGAUUUGAUGGAUGUAAUGACACUCCUUUUGAAAUAUUGCAUGUCUUCCUUCUUGGGGUUGUGAAGUAUCUUGUCCGAGAUUUCCUCCAGAAGAUCAAGAAAGACAAGAAAAAAGUUGCCGAAUUAGUUGGACGCCUCCAAUCUUUUGACACCAAAUCUUUGAAUAUUGCUCUUCUCAAGCCGUGGUAUCUCAUCAAUCAUUCACAGUCUUUAGUUGGCAAAGACUUUAAAAUAUUUCUCCAAGCAAUCCCCUUUGUCUUCUUCCCAUUCAUGACUCCAGAUGAGCAAGACCUCUGGUUUGCUCUUUGUCAACUGUCCUCCUACAUUUUCCAAACUCAUAUCAGCCAUAUGGCAUCUUAUCAAAUUGAGCUCAAGAAACACAUUCAGAUUUUCAUGUCCCGGCUAAUCAAGUUUACCGCCCAAUGGAUCAACAAGCCGAAAUUCCAUAUGCUCUUCCACCUUCCUCAAUCCAUCGAACGAUUUGGCACAGCACCACUUUGUUCUACGGAGAAAUUCGAGUCUUUUAAUGGGGUCCUCCGAAAUGUGUCAACACACUCCAACAAGCAAGCACCUGGAAGAGAUAUAGCCAAUAGUUUUGCCAACUACCAAUGUUUACGAUUUCUCUUGUCAGGGGGGGUCAUUUAUAACAAACUCACUGAUACCAUCUCAGUAUGUUCUCUGCAAAUGGUCAACUUCUUCAGCCAAAACCCUAUUGUUCAGAAGUCCUUUGGAUACAACUCCGAAAAUUCAGAUCCAAUGACUCAUUAUCCCUUCCAAAAGAGGUCAACGUUGAAUCCAGACGAUGAAGUUGGAAUUCCCAAUUCCCUCAAAGAAAUGUUCCCUGAUGUCCAAAUACAUCAAAUCUCCCAACUCCAAAUAAAUGCCCAUGAAGUUGUCAAAAAAGGCAGCUUCAUUCUUGUAGCAUCAUCUAAUCUGGAGUACAUUGGUUGUGUAAAUUCUAUAUGGCGUGUUACUGGGAUCUUCUUUGUCAAUGUCACCAAAUUAGACCGCUCUCAGAUUCAUCCCUUUUAUCGGAUGCGCCAGUUUGUCAAAUCCAACCAAAAUAGGCUAGUUCAAUCAGACAUGAUCAAAUCCACUUUGAAUCUGCAACAUGACUGUUACACCGGAAAGUGUAAAGUUCUUAGUACAAGGAGUACCCGUAUUGAAAGGCUAAAUACCACCAUCAAGACUCCAGAGGUAACACACAAGGAUCAUUGUUACUUUGUUCUCAACUCAGCUUCUUUGCAUGCACCUGAACACCACAGACGAUUAGCUGAUCUGCCCAUCACCGCGAUAUCGCCUGGGGCUUGGCUUGAGGUAUGUCAGACUGGGUUGGCCAAUUGGGGAGUAUUUAGUAUUCUUGUUCCCCCUCCUCCAAAUUGUCCCGACUCCGACUUUGAUGAGACUCCAGUGAUGAGUCCUCAAAGGACCCCAACACCGCAUUUCAACCGUUAA